UAAAAAGCCAGCAAUCAAUACAAUCGCCGGAACAGCAAAACGAAUUACUCGUACAAAUUAUAACAAGUCUCUUAAAAAUGUGGCCCCUAAUUUUGUUGUUUCUCACUUUUCACGGAAUUAAAUGUGAGCCGGAAACCGUUAGAGACAAUGCCGAUUACUUUAGUUACGGUAAUGAAGAUGUUUUAAAAAAUCUGGACCUACACGCGCCAAAAGAUGAAAUUGUGUUAAGACCGCAAGAAGUUCAAGACUGGCCACAACAGUCUCUGAAUGUGGGACAAAUAACUGCUGUCUCAAUAAAUUCUUUGGGACAGCCCGUAAUCUUCCACCGAGCCGAAAGAGUGUGGGAUGAAAGUACUUUCAAUGAAUCGAAUGUGUAUCAGAAUCUCGAUAAAGGUCCCAUUAUUGAAGAUACCAUAUUGGUACUCGACCCUCAUACGGGUUCUGUGCUUCAUAGUUGGGGGGCAUAUGCCUUUUAUAUGCCCCAUGGUUUAACUGUGGACCAUCAUGACAACGUGUGGGUAACUGACGUGGCUAAACAUCAAGUUUUCAAGUAUACACCGAACAAUCACAAAUAUCCAAGCCUUACCAUCGGAGAGGCCUUUACUGCUGGUUACCCUUAUAGACGUAGGGUACUGUUAUGUAUGCCGACGUCAGUAGCUGUCGCUACAACGGGUGAAAUUUUUGUUGCCGAUGGGUAUUGCAACAAUCAGAUUUUAAAAUUCAAUGCCGCUGGAACUUUAUUAUUCGCCAUACCCUCAUUCUCCGACACCCUGACCUUAAACCUGCCACACAGUGUCACCUUGUUGGAAAGCUUGGAUGUAGUUUGCGUGGCUGACAGAGAGAAUAUGAGAAUUGUAUGCCCCAAAGCUGGGUUGAAGAGCUAUGUGAAUAUGUUUGAAGCGGCGACUGUAAUUGAAGAUCCCACUCUAGGUCGUGUUUUUGCCGUGGCUUCCCAUAAUGAUAUGAUUUAUGCUGUUAAUGGUCCGACCUCUCAAAACAUCGCUGUACGGGGUUUUACUGUAAAUGCCGUAUAUGGAAAUAUAUUGGACACUUGGGAACCAAGCGCUGGUUUUACUAAUCCUCAUUCUCUGGCGGUUACAAGAAACGGCUCCCAUCUUUACGUAACGGAAAUUGGACCUAAUAAAAUCUGGAAAUUCGAAUUAACUGAUGUCUUUGACAAGAAAUAAAAAGUAUUUUAUGCGAAUGCUUUAUAGACAAUGCUUCUGCGGAUAUGAUUCGCAAUUAGACUAUAAUUCAAAUAAAAUAUUGUAUCGAUAUAACUAUAUACGUAAUCCACCACGAAAUAAUUAUUCGAGUAAUAUAAUAAUGCUAUUUGAAUUAGUGAAUGAGUUACACUUUCAUAUGGAUGGGAGGUGUGUAACAGUUUUGUUUCCAUUAAAUCAUUUGAGCCUAUAGUAGCCUUAGGUACCUAGUACCUACGUUUAAGCAACUAAUCUUUUCGUCGUAGAAAUCUAGAAAGUAUUUAGAUUGCGACAAUAACAUUAACUUGUAGGUAUAUUAACAAUAACACAGACUCCCUUCCUGUAGUUUGAAUUUUUAUAAUUAUAAAUUACGUCUCUUAACAGUUUAUAUACAAUUUAAAUGUUUACAUAUAUUAUUGCGGUACAUAAAAGCAAUAAUAAAGUAAUCGAAAUAUUCAAAUAAUUGUAAAAAAACUAAAAUCGUUUCUGUUCUCUAUUAUAAAUAUAUGAAAUUAUGUUUGAACGUUUAAUUAUCAGCACUCGUUAUUUUUAAUCUGUAUAAAAUAUGCUUGGUAGUUUUCCAAUAACAGCACCAGAGCGCAUUAUGCGGCAUAAUGUUUAACGUUGAAUGUCUCAACUACAGCAACGUUUCGCACAAUCUAGCACUCUCAAAAGUACUGCUUUCGCAUGAUGCGUGCAAUCGAUACCAACCUCAGUGACAGAAAAUUAACAGGUGUUUUUUCUUUAAGUUGGCAUUGAUCGAAAUUUUAUUUAUGUUAUCGUUAUGCAGUAAUCAGUAUUUUUAAUUGUUGAGCGCUUUCGUCUUGUCGUAGUUUUUUCGAAAUACUCAAAAAGUUAAUCCUGUUAAAAAGUAAAUGUAAGAGUGGAUGAAGGUAUAAACAUUAACUAUUUUUUAUAUUCUCUACAUAAAAUGUGAAUACAUUUUCAUAUUAAUAUUUAAUACUAAAAAUAAAUUUUUAUUACAGACCAAUACUUUUGUAUGACCAUUUUUAUUUUCAACACUGAACUUAGCGCGCUCUGCUGGUGCAUUAGAAAACUAAUUCACGUUCCGAUUAAGCAUUAGCACACUUCGGCAUUGUGCGCCACUGAGUCGCAUUAUGCUCUGUAAUUGGAAAACUACCCUUGUUUUUAACAAAUUCUAAAAAUGUAACAAUUUUUGCUAGAGGCUAAGUCAUGUGUAUUUGCGACGUAAUAUUUAUUAACAUUUCACACUUAACAUAGAAAAAUCAUACAAAAUAUAAAUAAUUACAUAUGUUUUUAAUGUUAUACCUUGUAAGGCCGAUAAAACACGCACAUAACUAUGUAGUCAACUGUCAAACGCAUGAUGGCAAUGAUUGUAGCAGGUAAUUGAUUUAUAAUAGCACGUUAUAAUAAAAAUAUUUACGUAUGGACUAAAGAUCAUUGUAUUCCGAUUCGUGUUAUAAUUUGAAGUAGUACUACAGAUUGCAGACCAAUGAAAGUGAAGAAGUUGUUUUUUGAGGUUAUGUUUCAAUUAUAUUGGGAAGAAUUGUGUCGUAAUUUAAUUGGACUUGAGAUGAAACAAUUUUAUUUUUGUUAUCAAUUAAAUUUUAUGAUAAACUAUGCUUGAAUAAAAAUAUAAGGACCAAUGCUAUGUAUUUGUAUUUAAGAUUGUUCCGAGUUAGUUGUACUGAGGCGGUUGUAGCUUCUAGAAAGUUGGUAGAAAAAUAAAAAUAUAUAUAAACUUCAAA